AUGGGUGUGGCUCAAGGAGAGAGGCGCAAGCUCCAGGAUGCAACUCCCACAACUAGAAAAGUCUGACCAGAGGAGAGCAUCUUGAGGGUCUCCUAAUCUUGUCUGGACAAGAGAUAUUAUCUUGUCUGUGAGAUCAGAUUAAGUUUUUAAAUGGAGGUUGGGGGCAUUCUUUGCACACAAACAACCUGUUUUUAAUCUUCAGAUCAAGACAAAGACAGCAGCACCAUGAGAGCUUUGCCGUCCAGUUUGGUGAUUCUGCUUCACGUGGUUCUCCUCAUAUCAAAAGGUAUGGCUCUUCAAUGUUACACGUGUAUAGGGUCCAAUAACGAAGACUGCAACCGACAAGGCUCCAGAACAUGUCCCAGCUACGCUGAUGCCUGUGCUGUGGUGGUGGGUCCUUACAGUGGGAUGAUGAAGUCCUGCUCCUAUAAGUCCUUCUGCACUCAGGCUAACAGCCAGAGCUCCAGAAGACCUGGGGUCAGAGUGCACUGCUGCUACAGCAACGACUGCAAUAUCACAAGCGCUGCCGACCGGCUGCACACACUCAGCUCCUUGUUGCUCUUUUUAACUUUGUUCUACCACUGCUUUUUCAGGUAGACACUAAAAAAAAAAGUCUAGCAUGUAGUUCACGCGUACACUUCAACCUCCUCACUAUUACCACUGAAAGACAUACAGUAUUUAUAGUUCUCGGAAAGUAAUUGUGCUAAGAUGCACGCCACAUCGGAUUAAAGCCAUUAAGAUCCCACGUGGCUCUGGCUUUUCCUAAACCUAUAAGGUAAUGAAAAAGUGAAGUGCUGAAAUAAUAUUUCUUAAUCUUAUAUUUGUCCCGAAAAUGAAGUGAGAACAGGCCCAUUGACGACCCAGAGAUUUCAACCACUCUAUGCCUCACAGGCAAUGUUUAAAAUUCAGUUGGCGUGCCGUUGCAUCUUCACCCGGCAGCCAUUUGAUGAGCUAUUUUGGAAUGCGGUGAGAAAGUCAUUAGCACAAACGCAAAUCCACAUAAGUCUUUAACCUGUAGCUCGGUGUGUUGCACGCAGGAGGCUUUCACACUUUGCUCAUUAAAGUGAGAGAUAUACUGGUAAAUACAGUACAUGGAAGUAGAUGCAUGCAUCCACUGCCUUCAUUCAUGUUAAAAUUAAUAUUAAGAAUUGUUAGUGUAAACUGAAACUCCCAAGAGAACACUUUAAGCACUACUGUAAUGUCAAUAAAAUCACAGAUACAAGUCCUCACAAUUCUGUACCUGUAUAUAUUGUACUGACAUUAAUUUCCAUGAUGCCAUCGUUCACUCUUAAGUGGGUUGAUGCUGCUGGAUGAAUUUGUAAUACUUAUUAUUCAUAAAUAAAUCUAAAUGCAAAUUCUUGUUGCUAUGUACAUGUUUUCAAUAUAAAGUGAAGAAACAAAAUCUGA